AUGGCCACCACUCCUCAGCCUGCGGAUGACACGGAAGUGUUGUCCCGAGGGCUCCCCGAGCGGGGAGAGGUGACUCUGGAGACGCCCCAAGGCGGAGUUCCAGAUGUCGAACACGCGGGGUUCAAGAUCCCCGCGGAUCGUGUUGAUGAGAGCCGCAGCAGGGCGGGCUCUCCACCGAACACUGUUCCGAAACCUUCGACGGUUCCGGACUUAGGCGGGCAGCCCCUCGUUAGGGAGGGCGAGUCGUCCAUGCCGAGGACAUCCGACGCGCCAGCGGUGCCGGAUAGUCUGGUGGAAGCGCUUCAAGGCUCUUCCGUGGAUGACGAGCACCGUACUCUUAUGAGUGCGGUGAUUCAAAAGCGCUCCCCACCUCUUCUCCACCUCGCGCCUCGUAGUCGUACUACCAACCAACCCCGGCCGACGCAACUCCAGUCACUCCCGGCCUCCCGCGAUGGUCGCCACGGCGAAGAUCCCGCAGCGGCAGCUCUUCAUCGACGGCGACUGGCGCUGCUGAACCAUCCCACGAGGGAGCUCCAGCAAGGCCGCUCGGGUGGUGCGCUGGACGGUCGCCGACCUCGCGUAACCCCGGCGCCGCACGGCUCCGAGCACCCGGCGACCUCGGCGUACCGCAGGAGCGGACCCGACCCACAGGCGAAGGGUGAUCGAGGAGAGGGGAGAGGCCUGGGCGAGUGGACCGGUCCGAUCGGCCAGGGUGGCGACCAAGGAGCUGAGGAUGUCGAGGAGGGCGGUGAACCCCGGCGGUCAUGGAAAGGUGGCUCGACAUGUGUAGGUGACACUGCUCUGGCCAUUUCUGCGGCUUAUGGGAUGCCUGCUAUCACGAGAUAUCUCCUGGGCGACAAUGAGUUUCUUUCUGAGGGCGAGCUGGAGGAGCUUGAGAAGGGCGUGGAGCCUGCGUGGGAAAGCUUGGUUCACCUGCUCAAGCGCAUCGUCGACAGGCUGAACGUCGUUGACCACAUCAAGGCCGUCAAGGACUCGCCCGACCUCCGUGCCGCCGUCGAGGAUGUCCAGGUAGUCUCUUCUUCUGUCACACUGCCUGUGAUCUGGACGAACGAAGUCGUUGAUUGGUUAGCGCAUCAUCCGAUGAUGAUGUUAUCUCCGUAUUUCUUCUUUACUCCAUGAAUUUAUCCUGAUGAAUGCUGCUUGUUUUGCACAAGCUGACAAGGACACUAGCUAGAGUGCACUGCUGCUCCUCUUCUUGCAUGCAACAUAAUCUGAAAUUCAUUCAGUUCCACUGUGCGUAAACACUAUAGUGUACAACUAUCAACUUGUUCACUAUUCAGUUUGUCACCCAUUCAGCUUACUUACUGGGGCAUCUUUCUUGUAAGAGUUUACUUAAAAUAGAUUGUAGUUUCUUUCUUGUUUGUUUUGAUACCCAUAUACCUGCCCUGUAUUAGCUCUUUCCUUUUGUGCACGAUA